GCACACACUGACACACGUCCACAGAAAACUUUAUAUGUUAUUAUAUAUCUUCCUGUUUCCCUACCUCUAAUCCAUAUCCUAUAUUCAUGGGGCCUCAGCACUAGAUUUCUCUCUCUCUCUCUCUGUCUCUCUCUGGAAGACGAACUUUUUAUAUAUCAAUAACCCCAAGUACCUAACUGCUGCAUGCUAUUGCAUAUGUUGUUUGUAGUUAAUCAGAAACUUGCUAGGGUUUUUGAUCAAUGAGGAAGCCUGGUUGUGAUAAGAUAGAGACGAACAAAGGAGCAUGGUCUAAGCAAGAAGAUCAGAAACUGAUUGACUACAUCCAGAAACACGGUGAAGGUCGUUGGAAUUCUCUUCCUAAGGCUGCAGGGUUGCGUCGGUGUGGCAAAAGUUGUCGACUGAGAUGGAUAAACUAUCUAAGGCCAGAUCUUAAACGCGGAAGUAUUGGAGAAGAUGAAGAGGACCUCAUCAUCAGGCUUCAUGCACUCCUGGGGAAUCGGUGGUCACUGAUAGCCGGAAGACUGCCGGGAAGGACAGACAAUGAGGUGAAGAAUUACUGGAACUCUCAUAUAAGGAAAAAAUUAUCAAAGAUGGGAAGUACUCUUGAUCCCAAAAAACCCCAUGACCACCAUGAUCCUCACUUGAGAAGAGGCACUACUGCUGGUGUACCAGUUCUGCAGCCUGAUGCUAGAAAACCAAUAUUAUUUGCGUCGUCGUCGUCGGAUUCCAUGAGUACUGGUGCUAAAAUUCACAGCAACGAAAGCGGUUUGCCUGACUUGAAUCUCGACCUCUCACUUUAGCUAAUUGUUUGUGGAAGAGAGGCAGAAGAGUACUAUAUGUAGUGUCUAGUUUAAUUAUAUACACUCCACCACCACCAGGCUUCUUUUAGGCAAUGGCCUUGGAUACGUGGUUUGGCCUUAAUUAUGACUAGUGUGGUCGACUAGUAUAAAGGUGUGUACGUAAACUGAUCAUAAUUCAUGGCUAGUUAUUAGUGUGUGGACAAUUGGAUGCAUAUAUAUGCACAUGACUACCAAGAUCCUAGUUGUAUGUGUAUGUAUGACUGCCAAGAUUCUAGUUGUAUGUGUAUGUAUGACUAAAAUAUAUACUGAAUUUGGAUUGUUGAAAUACA